GGGGGAAAGACUUAGAAUGGCUCCAAACCAGUGCUGUCCAGAAUGUGCUUCCAACUCAGGGUCAUGUCAGUACAAUGACGAAAUAAUCGGGGAUAAUUCCCAAUGGAGCCCUACACCGUGUUCAACAUGCUAUUGUACGAAUGGAGUCGUAGAGUGUAGUAAUUCAACCUGUCUCAGCAUUCAGUGCAACAGCGAUGAGGUCCUACAGCUUGCUAGUGGUGAUUGCUGUCCUAAGUGCGUGAAAGUUGGAAGACAAUGUACAUACUUAAAUAAAGUCUAUAGGCACGGUGAAAACUGGAGUCCAGCCAAAUGUGCUAAAUGCCAAUGUAACGACGGCAGGGCUCAAUGUUACGUUGCAGAUUGCCUGCCAAUCUCAUGCCAGCAGGGUCAACUUAUGGUAGUUCCUGAUGGUCAAUGUUGUCCAGAAUGUCAAAGUCUGCCAUGCCAGUUAGACAGUGCCCACUAUCUAGAUGGUGAAAAUUGGCAGACGACUCCAUGUAAUUACUGCAUAUGUGAAGGAGGAUUGAUAUCAUGUGUGGAACUAGAUUGUAUUCAAAAACGCUGUGGUGUUAAUGAACGGAAAAUUGUACGAGAUGGUGAAUGCUGUGCAGACUGCGUAUCAACAGAAGAUUAUUGUGAAUAUGAUCAAACUAUUAAGUACCAUGGUGAGGUAUGGAAUGUAUCAUCUUGCCAGUAUUGUAUAUGUACUCGAGGAAACAUAGAUUGCUAUAAGACUGACUGUGAUCGCAUCUUAUGUAGAGAGGGUCAGGUAUUAAAUCACCGUGCUGGUCGUUGCUGUCCAGAGUGCAGCGAGCCAGAUGGCAUUUGCUUCUUUUCGGGAAUCUCAUACUCUAAUAAUGAUUUGUGGCAGUUAGAUGAAUGUAGCAUUUGUAGCUGUGUACAGGGAGAGGUGCUUUGUUACCUGCCUGAUUGUCCCCCAUGUGAACUAGGGACAGUUCCUGUCCCUGUACCUGGCCAAUGUUGUCAUCGGUGUGAACCAAUUCAAUGUGAUGCAUCUUGCUUUAGCUGCAAUGCUUUUGGGUGCCUGGUAUGCAGAGAUUCUACACAAGUCAUCCAAAAUGGCCACUGCAUUGAUCGAUGUGGUUUUGGCUUCUAUCAAUCUACACAGAAUGCUUGCUUACCUUGUCAUGAGUCAUGUGUUGAAUGUUCAGCUGGUACUGAAUUUCACUGUAUGACCUGUCAAUCGGGGCUAGUAUUUAAGUGGGGGCAGUGUGUGAUCAGUUGCGGACCUGGCUUCUACCAGCUUGAUGGUGAAUGUGGAGAAUGUGAUUCAAGUUGCCUGGAGUGUACAGGACCAACGAGAUCUGACUGUGUUGCAUGCAGCGACUCAUUGGAUGCCUCAAGAAGACAGAGGUGUAUGACUGAGUGCAGUGAUGGUUAUUACUUGUCCAAUGGCUUGUGUGUUGAAUGUGAUGCAUCAUGUUUAACUUGUUUCUAUGAUGACCCUCAUUGUCGUACCUGCCCUGAUGGAUACCUGCUACAAGAGGGCGUCUGUGUAGUAACUUGUAGCCUCAGGUUCUACAAUGCGGGCGAUCUUCGUUGUGAGCCUUGUCAUCAAAGUUGUCUUUAUUGUCGGGGUCCGGAUGCAGAUCAGUGUAGGGGCUGUGAAGUUCCAUAUGUUCUAUACAGCAGUCGCUGUAUUUCUAAUUGUUCCUAUGGCAACUUUGAGCAGUCUGGUGCAUGCAAUGCGUGCCAUCGCACAUGUCGUACCUGUAUUGGUCCAGGGCCAGAACAGUGUACAUCGUGUAAAUCUACAAAUGGACUCAUCCAAGGCCUCCCCCCAAACAUUGGCAUCAUGGGUGCAUGUGUUGAUAGUUGUCGGAAUAACUACUACCCAACUCCUUAUGGUAUAUGCCAGCCAUGUCAUUCCUCAUGCCUAAGCUGCACAUAUGGCGGCCCAAGUGACUGUACAAGUUGUAGACCACCAUUGGUAUUGCAAAAUGGUGUAUGUGCUCGCUCCUGCCUUUCUACACAGUUUGAAGCUGCUGGUGUAUGCAAUGAUUGUCAUGCUAGCUGUGGUACAUGUAGUGGUGCAAGUGACGGGGACUGCCAAUCUUGUGGGGCUACUAGCCCUCAAGGUGGCAGGUGCUUUGAUGGCUGUGGUAGUUCUCAGUACCUAAAUUCUUUCAAUAUUUGUCAAGAUUGUUCACCAUCUUGUGCCACAUGUUACGGUUUAACUGGCACUGAGGGCAGUGUUUGCGAUCAGUGUAUUGAUGGGAACACUUUCACUCUUGGAGAUGUUUGUGUACAGGAAUGUGGUAUUGGCUAUUAUGAAAGUCAGUCAAGAUCAUGUAAAGAAUGUUUUCCAACUUGUUUGACAUGUGACCGUGAAGGACCAAUGGGAUGUCAAUCUUGCAAGAGUGGGUUUGUGCUAGCCCAUAAUGGAAUGUGUACCUCAGAAUGUUACCUUGGAUUCUACAACAACAAUGGAAUCUGUACAGCGUGUGAGGCAAAUUGCCUGUCUUGUAUCAGUGACUCAACAUGUCUUCAGUGUGUGAAUCCAUCAGCUGUGCUUUCCUAUGGAGAAUGCAUUUCAACCUGUGCAGAGCAGUACUAUGUUGACCCCCUUACCAGGGAAUGCAAAGAAUGUGACUGGAAAUGUAAUUCAUGUGUUGGUCCUAAUCCUACCGAUUGUCUUCUGUGCAUGAACGGGAUGGUCUUAAAAAAUGAUGUUUGCGUUCAAGAAUGUGGAGAUGGUUACUAUCAAGUGAGAAGCAGGUGUAGAGCAUGUAUUGGCGGAUGUCAGGAUUGUGACAAUAAAGGACGUUGUACAAGUUGCUCUCCUCCGCAGCUUCUGAGGCAGAGUGAAUGUGUAUCGCAUUGUGGUCCAGGUUACUAUAGUGAUUACUCAACUCACACCUGUAUAGGCUGUCCAAAUGAUUGUGUUGAAUGCACUACCCCUCAAGUGUGCUCUCAGUGUACCGCAGACACUUACCUAAAACGAGCCAGAUGUGUUAGUGACUGUGGAAGCGGAUUCUUCACAAAUACUCUCACCAAUACCUGUGAAGUGAAUGUGGUACCACCAUUCUUAUACAUAAACGGAUCAAUCAUCACAACAAUUGGCGGUUCCACUCCCCUGGACACAAGUUUCUUCAGCGCAGUUGAUGCUGAUACCGCAUUUGUUGAUCUACUUUUUUACCUUGUGCAAACACCAACCAAUGGUCACCUCAUUCGCAUUAAUAAAGGAAUAGAACGUACGUUGGUUGCCUUGGAUGUUUUCACAGGCUUCGAGGUACUCCAUGGGAAUAUUCGUUUCAUACACGAUGCAUCCGGGGAACUUAUUGGAGAAAUGAAGUUGAAAGUAAACGACCGUCAGUAUGAUUCAGUCAUUGAAGUUGUAUCAAUAAUUGCCACGUCUCCCGAUCCACCGAUGGUAUUACGAAACGACCCACUAAUUUUAGAAGAAGGUCAACAAACCCGUAUUACAAACACAGUUUUACAAGUCCAUGAUAAUGACAACCCAGACAAUGUAAAAUUUUUCGUUCUUGAGCAACCUCGUCAUGGGCGUUUGCUACGUGUUGGUGAUUUAACCGAUGUUGAAAUCUUUACACCUGAGGAUCUACGGAUGGGAAGUAUUUACUAUAAACAUGAUGGUAGCGAGACUCGCUACGAUGUUGCUAUGAUCCAAGUCACUGAUGGAUACAACUUCAAGAAUGUUCUCUUUAACAUACAAAUACUGCCAAAAGACAAUCAAGUUCCUGUAAUCAUCAAAAAUGUUAAUGCUCAAGUGAAGGAAGGUCACAUGACCCCAAUUACGAGUGAUUUACUACAAGCAACAGAUAGUGAUACUGAUGAUGAUCGCAUCAUUUUCACCCUUAAUCCACCAAUCAACAAUCCAAGAUAUGGUGAGCUGAUAAUGGUACUACCACGUGUGGUAGGUGAUCUACCUCCAGGAUGGGAGUCCCUGAACGAGGAGCAGAUGUACUACACUCUCCAGCAAUUCUUACAACAGGAAAUUAGGGAAGGGCAUGUUUAUUACCGCCACUUAGGAGAAGAAAGCACUUCCGACUCAUUUCAGUUUGAAGUAUCUGAUGGAGCUGAUCCACCCAACAUUCUUCCUGACCAACUCUUUACUGUCAUGGUAUCUGCUGAAAAUGAUGAGCCACCAAGACCAGCCCUUGGUGUACCACAACCUUUCAGAAUUAUGGUUCUAGCAGGGGAUGUGACAAUAAUUGAUCGUUCUAACCUAGCCUUUACGGAUGAAGAUAGUCCAGACAAUCUCCUACUCUACAAUAUCACAAUACCAUUCGCUACUGAUCAAGGUUUUAUUGAGAAUGUUGACCAGCCAGAGUUUUCUAUCAGAUACUUUACUCAGGCAGACAUCAAUGGGCUGCUUUUCUCAUUAAAAAUAAUCUACUGUAUUUUUUUUAAAUAUUACUUUACAUUCUGUUUUACAGUAUCUGAUAAGUUUAGGGGUGGCAAUACCGUUGCACCGAUGCCAUUCAUUGUGUCAGUUGUACCAAAAAACAAUGCUGCACCUGUGUUUCCUGUACCGAAUCCUGUGCUUAGUGUAAGGGUCGGGGAGCAUACACCAAUCCGUAGCAGCCUUGUUACUGUGGAAGAUCUAGACACCCCUCUUUCAAACUUGGUAUAUUCCUUGAUUAGAGCACCUCAAUAUGGAAAUAUUGUCAAGAAUGGAAGAAUCUAUUUACAGGAAGGUGAUGAGUUUACUCAUAGUGAGUUGCUGAGUGAAUCGUUUCAGUAUUACCAAGACGGAUCACUAGCCAAUGAGGACAGCUUUGAGAUUUCAGUCUCAGACGGCACCCAUGUGACGCGUAUAUCCAUGCGUGUGGCCAUUGUAAAAGUAGAUAGCAUGAGCCCGACCCUUAACCCUGAUGCAACCUUGGCUCUGUUUCUACAGGAGAAUUCCUUUGUUGUUGUUACACGUGCAGAGCUUUCGUUUAAUGAUGAUGACUCCAAUGAUAUGGAGAUUUUCUUCCGUCUGAUCUUACCUCCACGUUAUGGAAAACUUCAGAAGAAGAAUCGUGAGGGUGGAUAUGAUGAAAUUCUAACAGGAAUGCGGUUCAGUCAGGCAGAUAUUAAUGCCUACAAUAUCAGAUAUAUGUCUGAUGGUGAUGUUGGGAGCCAAAUUGUCACCGACAUCUUUUCUUUUAACGUAAGCGAUGUAAAUAACAAUGUCAUAACUAAUCAGUUCCUCACUGCCGUCAUUACACCAGUCAACGAUCUUCCACCAACUGCAUAUGUUCACAAUGACAUCAUUGUAAUAGAGGGUGGUAGAGUACCAAUUUCUAUACAAGAAAUCACAGUAUCUGAUAGUGACACAAGAAUUCCUGAACUGUUGAUUGUUCUCGAUUCUCAGCCAAGGUUUGGUUUUGUGGAAAGCAUCAAACCAGCUCCAGGUUCUGAGAAGUCACAAUCAGGAAUCCCAAUAAGUUCAUUCCCUUUGCAAGAUCUGCUGGAUAACUCCAUCUUCUAUGUACAAAGCAUACACAAAGACCUAGAACCUACUAUUGAUGGAUUGCUCUUUUAUGUGACUGAUGGAGAAAACCAAUCACCACUGUACAGACUUAACAUCACAAUUGAGUUAAUAAAUGAUGAAGAACCAGAAAUAAUAUCCCAAGAACUUCAGAUUGAGGAAGGUGAUAGUGUGACUAUCACCAACGUAACACUCUUUGCAACUGAUAUUGACUCGGAAGAUGAUCAGCUACUGUUCACAGUGACAGAGUUACCAGAACAUGGCACGUUACGACGCAAGACUUUUGUUCAGGAUUUGAUGCAUGCUGGGAAGAUUCUGACGCUUGGAGAUUCAUUCACAUUUGAGGAUGUUCUAAACGAGUUAAUAGCGUAUGUACAUGAUAGUAGCGAGUUCCAAACUGACUCAUUUGCUGUGUCGCUGACCGACGGUCUUUUCACAACAACCGAUGUGGUCACAAUCGUAGUUGGUCUGUUAAAUGAUGAAACCCCAAGACUGACAAUUAACCAUGGUCUUCGGCUUGAGACUGGUUACACUGACGUUCUACAUCAGCAUCAUACCAGUUGAUGACUCUCUUCCAUUGCUAAGUAACAUGGGGAUGCGUGUCCAGGAAGGAAUUCGUAAAACAAUCACUGAAUUUGAACUGAAAGCUGUUGAUCUAGACACAGAGCCAUCUGAUGUGACAUUCACUGUAAGAAAAAUCCCUCAACAUGGAGCAUUACAGUUUACACUGGAUGAGAACAGUUAUUCAUCGGUUACCGUGUUCACCAUGGACGACAUUUAUGAGAAUCGUGUCAGUUACAUUCAUGAUGGUUCAAAUACGUUGACUGAUAGUUUCACCUUCACUGUCUCUGAUGGGACAAAUCAGUUGUUCUUGGUUGAAGUUGCUGGUAAUCUGGAAUCUACCGAUAUACCACAGGUGUUUGAUAUAAGCGUCACACCAGUUGAUGACAGCACUCCUCGUCUGACCAGGAAUGUUGGUCUUUCAUUCCUUCAGUAUGUUGAUGACAAGGCUGUUGGAUUGAUUACUGAUACAAACCUUCAAGCAAUUGACAAUGACACGCCUAACAACCAGUUGGUAUACACAGUUACUACACAGCCAUCGCACGGCUUCUUGGAAUCAAGUGCAUAUCCAGGUGCUCGUAUAGCCACCUUCACUCAAGAGGAUGUUGUGAAUGGUUUAAUUCGCUAUGUGCUCUCAGCAGGAGUUACGGACGUAAGCAGUGAUAGCUUUGUCUUUGAUCUUGCUGAUAGCAAGCCAAAUGUCGUCACUGGUAACUUUUUUCGCGUUCAGUGGCCAGUACUGCAAUUUGAACAUGAGCAGUACAAUGUGACAGAACAGGUGACGACCAUCAAUCUUAAGGUCAAGCGUACUGGAAAUCUCAACCAGUAUGCUGUUGUGUUAUGUAGUACCAAACCAUUGUCAGCAACCUCACUUUUGGGUGUCGGGCCAGGUAAACAUGAUUACAGAGAGUAUGCUGGUCAGAUUCAAUUUGAAGAACGCGAGACAGUGAAAACAUGCAGUAUAUCUAUUGAGGAUGACCUGGUGUUUGAGGGACAGGAGAGUUUGAUAGUUGAGCUGAGCAUGCCAGAUUACUCCCUGCUGGGGUUACGAUCACAUACCCUUGUUGUCAUUGAUGAUAGUGAUGACAAGCCAAGCAUUGAAUUUGAAAAAGCUGAGUAUCGUAUAAAUGAAGAGGUUGGUUUCUUCUCAGUGCCAGUCAUCAGAAAAGGUGACAAUUCUGCCACUGUUAGUGUUGUUUGCUUGACUGUGCCCAAGUCAGCCCAUGGCAGCUCUCUGAUUGGCUUAGAAUCUGGCUCAGAUUACAUCACAAGAGGUACACUGCUUCAAGAUCAGAUUGCCUUCCCACAAGGCAUCAGUAGAUCAUCAUGUGAUGUAAAGAUUGUAGAUGAUUCAAUUUAUGAAGAAGAGGAGGAGUUUGAGCUUGUUCUGACUGAGCCCUCUAUGAUGACACAAAUAGGACAACAAGCAAAAGCAAAAAUUGUCAUCAAAGGCCCUAAUGAUGUUUCCACAGUUGCAUUCAGGACCAAUCACUAUGUAUUCAAUGAGAACUCGGGGACAGUACAACUAGAAGUAAUACGACGCGGCUCUGAUAUUUCUCGUAUAUCCAUCGUGUGGUGCGCUACACGAAUGUCAGAGCCUACAUCAGCUAGGCCCGGUGAAGAUUAUGUCCCCAGCUCAAGUCAGAUUACCUUCCAACCACAUCAGACAGUUGAGACUUGCUUGAUAACCUUAAUGGAUGACACUGCCAGCCCUCAGGUUGAAGGCAAUGAGACUUUCAUUGUUCAUCUUGAAUCAGCCAUGGGAUCAAUUAUAUCAUUUCCCAUGGAAACUACAGUUGUGAUUAGUGAUACAGAGAGUGAUGUUCCCACGAUGCAGUUCAUGAUGUCAAAGGUUAUAGUGGAAGAGAAGAAGGGCAUUGCCCACGUCCCGAUCAUUAGAUCAGGUGACUUAUCAUACGAAUCAUCUGUCAUCUGCUUCACAAGACAACGUUCCGCUCAAGUUAUGAUGGAUUUUGACGAAAGACGAAACAUGGACAGUUCUCGAAUUGUCUUCUUACCAGGAGAAAAGGUGAAAAACUGUAGUGUAGGUAUUGUUGAAGAUGGAACUUAUGAAGCAGAUGAGAUUUUUCAGGUCAAACUCACAGCUCCAAUCGGGAAUGAUGCCUGCAAGGCACGAAUUGGAGAGACGAAGGUUUCAACCAUCACCAUCACAGAUAAAGCAGAUGCGCCAACUGUUCAAUUCAAGAGAAUGGCGUAUAGUGUCCGUGAGCCUGUAAAUGCUGAUGAAAUCUCAUUUGUCACUGUAACGGUUGUACGUACAGGUGAUCAAAAUGGAACAUCCCAAGUACGAUGUAGCACUCGUGAUGGGUCGGCUCAAUCGGGAAUUGACUAUAAUGCCAACUCAAAACUUCUAGUUUUUAAACCAGGGGUUAGUUCCAUUGAUUUGCAGGUGGAAGUACUACACAAUGAGGACAUUGAAUGGCAUGAAACAUUGAGCAUCAUCUUAGGACCAGAGGAACCAAUCAAUGCUCUGCUUGGCCUUGUCACCACUGCCACGGUAACCAUCAUUGAUGAUGAAGCUGCAGGCAGCACCAUUUUACCAGCAGCACCAGUUGUUGUGUCUUUGAUGGAAUAUGGUAACGUGGAGCAAGGACUUGAGAAACAACCAACUGCAGGUUAUCCUUUAAUAUGUGUUACACCUUGUGAUCCUCACUAUCCCUCAUACACAUUGACUCAAGGAAUGUGCAAGAGCUCUAACAUCAAUGUCUCCAGUAUCGUGUUCCAUUGGGAGGUUGCAAUGCCAACAGAUGUUGAUGGUUCUAGGCCUCCAUUUGAGCGUAUUGUGGACCACACUCCAUUCACCAGCCCCAACAGUAAAGUCUUGGAUAGCGUAUACUUUAGCAGGAGGUUCCAUAUCCGGUGUGUUGCACAACCCUAUGAUAAAAGCGGCAGGGCCGGAGUUCCACUUAGGAGCAGUAUUGUGGAGAUAAGUGGCGAAAACAGUGUUUGUCAUACGCCAGUAACAUCUGGGGAUGUACGAGGUUUCAAAGCACAAUCGUUUAUCACUGAUUUAAAAUACAUUGAACCGGAAGAUGCCGAUCACCCAAACUCAUUACACAUCCACAUUGAAAUACCUCACGAGGAUGGCAUGCUUCCACUUCUCUCAACGAUUUCCAUACACAACAUCAGGCUUCUUCUCACGGAGCCUGUGUACCGACGCCAGCACAUCUGCUCCAACAUGCUAAAUAGCAUAGCUGCGGGACUCAGAGAUUACAGCUUUUUGGGCUCGCUUGAUUACAAGAUGUUAAAAUACGGACCAGGUUACGACUACCCUUACCAAUUUGACCCAAAUAUCCGUGAAGAGAAAUCCAUCAAUUUGUAUCGACAUCUUAACUUAAAGAGCUGUACGUGGAGUUUUGAUGCCUAUUAUCACAUGACAGAACUUGUGGAUUUGUGUGGUGGAGCAGUCUCAACUGAUUUCCAAGUGCGUGAUAUGGACAAAAGUUACCUGACUGUUACCGUUCCGAUGUACGUUUCUUACAUCUAUGUGAUGGCUCCAACAGGUUGGGCUGCUCUUGAUCACAAAACGGAAAUGGAAUUCUCAUUUUUCUACAGUUCAAUUCUUUGGCGUACUGGACUUGAGACAGACAGUGAAAUUACUGGGCGCUUACAAAUCAUACGAAUUCGCAUUGGAGAAAAAGGGAACUUAGUUAUAGACUUCAAGACAACACCAAAAUUUAGAGGUCAAUUUGUGUUGAGUCACCACACCUUACCAGAGUACAAAUCUCGGGUUCUUUCGCCACUUGCUGUUGCUGUGACAUUUGAAGUGGAACUGCUUUGGAGCGAGAACACAUUUGACGGCCCUGCACAACUUUGGCGUGCCACCAGCACCUUCAAUUUAAAGGAUUUUUCUGGUGAUUAUAUUAUUGAGUUGAUGCCUUGUACAGUGACACCUACACAAUCUUAUAAGGCCAAUGAAAACUCUCCCAUUAUUUGUACAGCCCAUCCACCUCAAAAAUUUGUCGUACCUAUAGCAUUCCAGCAAACCAAUAGACCAAUUCCUGUUAUAUAUUCCCUGAACACGGAAUUCCACUUAAUGAAUAAUGAGAAGGUAUUCCUGAUGGAUCCUAACCAAGAUUUGAUGUCUUUACAGGAGAUGGAUUAUCAAGGAUCAUUUUCCAAAGGUCAGACAAUUUUUGGCCGUGUUUUAUGGAACCCAGACCAAAACCUUGAUACAGCCUACAGGUUACAGAUUGAGAAGUUGUUUUUAUGCACGGGCAAGAAUGGUUAUGUGCCAAAUUACGAUCCUUCUGGAGAGAUAUACCAAGAAGGGCCUCAGUUUGGUUGCAUGCAAGAAUCGCCAAACCUUAUGAAUCGUUUCUUAGUACUUGAUCGUGGGGAUCCAGAUGCUACAGUGUCUAAUUUUCAAGACAUACCAUUUUUAGCAGAGUUUGCUGAAUAUAAUAAAGACUACACACUUGUGAAUCAGAUGCCAGGUGUAGAUGGAUUCACAAUGGUUGUUGACCCCCUCUACAGGGUGAUGUCUGGCCACCAAUGGUACAUGCAGGUUAUUUAUACAAUAGGGCCAUCAGAUGACACCCCACGGUUCAGGCGCUCUCUAAUGUCAACAAUCAACAAACAUGAAGCAAAGAGUGUUGCUGGCAGCAUCACAAAAGGGAAAAAUGGAACCAACAUGCGCGGGUUCACCCUCAAUAUUGACCAAUUAGAGACACAGAACAAAACCAAUAAUUUAAUCACAGCAAUUAUUAUUGUGAUUAUCCUAUUGGUUAUUGUCUCAAUGAUUAUUAUAGGCUUUGUAAUUCGGCGUAAACGUCGGCAAGCGCUUGUCCCACAGGUUGAAACAAAGCCAACCAAUAAAGAUUUAACAGUAGCUGGUCUAUCUGCCAGUAAAGAUGAAUUUGAAAUGAGCUACACCAAAAAUGUUAAAGUUAGUAGUUUUAAUUUAGAUAAACCAGAUAAUAGAGCAACAGCUGCAAAAAUUAAGAAAGUAAAUUUAGAAACCAGUCAACGAUUAUCACAGUCGUCGGAUGAAGGUGGUACUGAAGUUUAACUAGACACACAUAUUGUUAGCCUAUUUUUUUAGACUUUAUUUUAAAUCAUAUUUAAUGAAUUUGAUGUAUUGUACUUGAUUUCUUAAUUCAGGAAAUAAUGUCAGUGUGAUAUUCAAAUAUAAAUACAUUAUCACCAAAUGUGGCAAAAAAUAGCCAAACCAGUCACUCGUCGCAAAUCCUGUUUCGGAGAUAAUGGCCAAAACAUGCUGGAAAGUCAAAUUUUGUGAAAUCUAUUUUACUGCACUAAACUAACCUAUAUAUCAUGGUAUGCUGUUGUUUUUCCCAUUUUCGGUGUUAAAACAACAAUUUUUUAAUGAUUUGGUGAUGUUUUAUGCCUGAAAAAUGACUGAAAUCCUAAACUUUAAAGACUGAUUUCUCAAAUAUUGUUCUUUUAACAGCUGUAUAUUUAAACUCCUGUAACUUCAUAACGAAAUGUUGGAUUUAAAUUAUUUUUCACCAUUUUAUACAGUAGCUCUCAUUUUACUGUUUAACCCUGUAUUAAUAAAUAAAAAAUUUUGCAACAAGUGAUUGAUUUGGCUUUGCCACAAAUGUAAUUUUACUUUGUCAAAAUCAUGUGAAAGCAUAUAUUUAUUUCAUGCAAACAUUGAUAAUUUAGUAGAUUUAUGUUUGAAGGAAGCAGUAGUGGCACCAGAAAGGGGGGGGGGACAUCUCCUCCGUCGGACAGGCCUGGACCCUUAUCGUCGGAUACCAUGACGAGGUCGUCAAACCAAUAAUAAUGAUUUGCAUAUACAAAUAACGCUAUUUUGACUGCCAAUAUUGUGGUCGAAAAGCCAUACUAGCCAUAAAAACUCUCCCUGUGAACUCUACCAGGGAUAUGUCCUGUAAUUUUCCCAAAUAUGGGUAAAAUAUGACAUUAUCUUGAAUGUAUAUGCUUGCGAUAUGCACCCGAUUCUACUUAAUAGAUCUGAUAUCUAAUAGAUCUGAUAAUUAUCAGUUUCAGUGACAUUACCAUUCAUGAUGCCGUCACCAAACCUGAUUAGGGGAUUCUGAUCAGAUGAUUGAUGACUGGUGCUGUCACCAGUAUAGAAGUGUAUCAGCAUUUUAUUUGUCACCGAAACUGAUCACUUAGGUAGAAUCGGCUGCAAUAUGGCAUCAUCAUGCCCAUAUAAUGGGAAAAUGACACAAGUUUGUGUGAUAGUGCUUAACAUUACCAAUUCUACCUCACUUUUAUUCAGUCAAUCUGCUCAGUCACCUAUUCAUGAAAUCUUUCAAUUAAUCUUGGCAACAUUCUGUUUAAACAAAUACAUUGUAACAAAAAUAAUAUUUAAUAAUUGCAUUAUGGUGCUCAGUGCAACAUUUUCAGAGUACUGUACCUCUGUAGUAAACAUUUUGUAUUUCAUUGGUAUUUUCUAUGUUUUAAAAUUCAGCUCUUGGACCAGUUUAACUGGUGUCUUUUCUAUGUACUUUUGAAAUUUAAUUUAUUUUUUCUGCCACAAUUGUUGUAAAGACUCCAUUUUAAGGUUUAUUUUUGACAAGUAUUUUUAAACAUGUAUUAAUAGUAUUAUGAGUAUUAUUAUAAUAUUAAUGAAUGGUAACUAAACCAGAGUGUUGAGUUAAUUUUGAAUUGUUUUCAUGUUAUAGAUAAAUUACUAUUUUUUAGUUAUUAUAUGCAAUUUUGUUUGCCUAAUAGAUAUUUUGGUCGGUUUUUUUGUUUAAAAAAAAAAAAUACAUGAAAUAAUUACUAUUGAGUAAAUUGUAUCGAGUUGAUAUAACAGGGUUUGUGUGGGGAGUCACUCUCUUUAAAGAUAUAGAUUUGUCCUUAUACGUGUAGAUAGUUAUUCUGUAAAUAUACAUGUUAGUGUCUUAACAAUCAUAAUUACUUAUAUUUAUGCAUUUAGGUGAUUUAAGUAAUACAAGUAUAGUAUUUUAAUUACGUUAUUUAUUAUAUCAUAUAAUUAAUUUGUUCCAACUUUUUAUUUUAAUACAAUGAUUUUUAUUUUAAUUACUUUUUGUGAUUUUCAUUUUUAAGUAGAUGAACAUUGAUAGAAGGGAAUUAUUUUGUCUUAGGUGAAAUAUCUAAAUAAGUUAAUUCUAUACCUGCUUACAUGUUUGAUAAAAAUUCUAAAUAUACGCAAACCUUAGAUAUACUGUACAAACACAAAAAACCAUUAACAUUACUCUGAGUUAUCAAGUUUAGAAUUUAUGGCAAAAUCUAAGGUACAAACAUUAUGGUACUGUAUGUUUUCAUGUCAAUUAUUUAUUUAAUAACUGUUAAUAAAUGCCAGUUUUGAUACUUCUGUCUGUAAUGAGUAUGGACAUUGCUUUUAUGUCCAAAUUUUGAUGUAUAUUUGUUGUUGUGGUUGACAUAGGUGAUGAUUGUGUCAGGUGAUGGCCAUCUUUUACAAGAACAAAGGUUGGAAAUGUAAAAAUAAGUAUUUACUUAUUCAUUGGUACAUUAUUAUAAAAGUAAAGUACAACAAAUUAAAAACAACUGCUAUUAU